AGACCUCUUAAACCAAAAUCAAUGUCACCAAUGCAUACAGUAUCUAUUCAAAAUAUAUCUUUCGACAAUGAUAUCGAAAAAAACACUUUUAUCAUUAUUUAUCCAAGUCAAAUUAUGGUCGAAUCUAGAGAUUUAAUCUUAAUGAUUGAAGAGAAAAGAGAUUCUAUCGUUGUUGGAAAUACGUCAUAUAUUCAACGUAAAGACAUACUAAAAGCUAUUCAUAAUUAUACUUAUUUAAAUUCUAAAUUGGAGACAAACAAAUUUGAAUCUGGUUCAAACGAAAAAUUAAAGGAAGAUGAGCCUAAACGACCUACAAAUGCUUUUAUUCUCUAUAAUAACGACCUUAGAAAAAAAAUUAAAAUUUUAUUUCCGAAUUACAGUAACAGCGAUAUCUCUAAAUUAUUAGGAGCCAUGUGGAAAGCAGCUGAUAGUGAAAUCAGAGACGGAUAUAUUAAACAAGCUAUUGAAUGUAGAAAAAUUCAUAAAAAAAAAUUUCCUGAUUUUGAAUAUAACCUUAAAAGAAAUUCCACAACGGCACGUAAACCCUCCGAUACCAAGCCUUCAAAUGCUGAUAGCUGGGGUGCUUACUUUGAUAGGCGCUUUGAGCAACUAACAGCGGAAUCUUCAAAUGGAAUACUAUCUAUAGAUAAAUCAAAAAAUUAUUUUGUACGUGAGAAUAACUUACAAAUGGAUUUACAAUUUGAUCUAGUACCAGAAUUCUCCGAUUCAAUACAGUCCUCAUCUUCUGAUUUCCAAGCUACUGAAGAAUGGAACCAAGUAUGUAAUAUAGUAUCACAAUUUUUCCCGGCAAAUACGGAUCAAAAUACUCUUAUAGAUGAACAAUUUUGGUCUAGUCUUAGUUGUUUUGACUCCUUAGACAAU